GUAAUAAUAAAAUUAUAGUAUGGUCAACUUUUGUGCUGUAUUUAUAUGUUCAAAUCGUUCAAAUCGUGAAAAGGGAAAAUCUUUUUUUCGUUUACCAAAAGUAGCUUGCAAUCAAGGCGAUGAUGGUAAGAUUUUAUCAAAAGAACGUAGACAAAAAUGGAUAAAUGCCAUAAACAGAUUUGGUAACUAUCCUGAUAUCCUCCACACUCGAAUUUGCAGUGAUCAUUUUAUUACAGGAAAACCUGCUUCUCUUUUCUCACAGAAUGAUCCUGAUUGGGUUCCAUCCUUAAAUAUAUGGGGCACAAAAAGUUUAAGUUUGAGGUUGAGAAACCUAGAGAAAGAUACUUACGACACAAAAAUUGUUCAUUGUUAACAAGUCGAAAUGAUUCUAUGUCUUGUAGAAACAGCAUCACUAAUUUAUACCCUUCUGAAGAUUCAAUUGUAGAUUUUCAAAUAGAGAAUUUUAAAAGUAGUGAUUCAAUUGUCUCAGAAAGUGUUACAAUAGAUUGUAAAGACUUAGUAGAUGCGAGUGUUCAAACUGAUAUGACUGUCAAAAAUAUCAAUCAAAUAGAAACUGAGUUUAUAUAUAAAAACAAACUUAAUUAUGAUUUGCGUGCAAAUUUAGUCAAACUCCAUGUGGGAACUAUUGAAUGGUUUGAUACCAAUUCAAAAGUAACAUUUUACACUGGAGUGCCAAAUUUGAAAAUUUUAUGUUGUUUAUUUAACUUCUUAAAGCCUCUUAUAACUGAAAAUGAGAACUCAGCUGUGAUAAUUGAUUGCUUUGAAAUAUUCAUAAAUAAACCAUCUAAUUUAUGUGCAAGAGCAGCAACCUGGUCACAGUACAAACAUCACAAUACUGUUAAAUUCUUAAUAGGUGUAAGCCCACAAGGUAUGAUAACAUUUGUUUCUAAAGCUUGGGGAGGACGUGUUAGCGAUAAAUACCUAACAGAGCAUUGUUCAAUUUUUAAAAACAUUCUUCCUGGAGAUGUUAUUUUAGCUGAUAGAGGUUUUAACAUUGCUGAGAGUGUUGGUUUUUAUUGUGGGGAGCUAAAGAUUCCAGGAUUUACAAAAGGAAAGUUACAACUGACUUGUUCAGAUGUAGAAACAACCCGGAAAAUUGCCUCUGUUCGAGUACACGUUGAGAGAGUUAUUGGAUUGUUACGUAACAAAUAUAAAGUUCUGCAAAGUAUUAUGCCAUUAGAUUACUUAUAUACUAAAGAUUCUGGAUUAUGCACAAUAGACAAAAUUGUUAUUGUUUGUUCUUCGUUGAUAAAUAUAUGUGAUUCAAUUAUUCCUGUGGAAUAAUUUUUAAAAAUUUAACAGGAUUGAAUAAUUAAUUGAAACUAGAUCUUAUAA